AUGUCGGGCUUCCCAUUCGGAUCCUCCUCCUCCGCUUCUUCUCAGUUUACGCCUUUACCAUCGACCAAACCUCCUGUCAUUUCCCCCGCCACGUCAACCGGGUUCUCAUGGUCCUCCGCCCCAGCUUUCGGGUCCUCUAGCCCUAGCUCCGCCGCGGCCCAUUCUUUCGGAUUCAGGUCCUCAGCAGCGUCCUCCGCUCCAUCAUCUUGGUUUUGCUCCUCGGAUUCAACUGUAUCGGCAUCCAGUUCACCCCUGAUUGGCUCCGCUUCCGCUUCUGCUUCAUCUCUGUUUAGCUCAUCUUCCUUCACACACAGCGCACCCUAUUCCCUGUUUGGCUCAUCUUCCACAGUUUCUUCAACACCCUUGUUCAGCUCUGCUUCAUCGUCUUCAGCUUCAACCACACCCUCAUUCCCAAGCUUCUUGAGUUCCUCUUCAGGCUUCUCGUUCCCAACAGCCUCACCUCUUUCCAAGCCACCAACAACCUCCACACCCACCACUGUUACUCCAUCAGCAACGGCUUCAACCGCUCCAAGCUUCUCGUUCGCACUACCCACUUCCUCUACUUCACAACGGUCUUUCGGAUUCUCCAAUGCCGCCUUAUCAGCUGCCCCCAUUUCUACCGCAAAGCCCACCUCGCAGUCCUUCUCAACUCCUUCUGCCCUGUUGUUUUCGACAGUCACUACCACAAGCGCUUCUUCGACUCCAGCUGCUAGCACUACAACCCAAGCCUCUUUCUCUAUGCCGAGUUUCGGUUUGACUCCUUCUACUUCUGCAGUUUCGAGUACAGUUGCAACCGCUUCAAUAGCGGCACCUGCCAGCUCAGCUGCGCCUUCCAGCAGAGCAGGUUUGUUUACAGGGUUUGGAGUGUCCUCCGCAGCUGCCUCUUUAGGGACUACUACUGCUGCUGCUUCUUAUACUGGAUUUUCCUCGCUGACUCAAGGGUCGACGCCUGCUUCCUCAUCACAAGCGCAACCUAGCACCACUUUGUCUGCUUUUGGUAUGCCUCUUACUACUUCUGCAGUUUCAAGUAAUGUUGCUAAGCCUUCAAUGGCAGCGCCUGCCAGCUCAGCUGCUCCGUCCAGCACAUGGGGGUUUGGAGUGUCCUCCGCAGCUGCUUCUGUAGGGAAUACUGCUGCUGCUGCUUCUUCUUCUUAUACUGGCUUUUCCUCGCUGACAAAAGGGUCUUCGCCUGCUUCCUCAUCACAAGCGCAACCAAGCACCACUGUGCCUGCCUUUGGUGUUACUACUUCAGCACCUGUAGCUGCAAUGACAACAACUCAGACAUCAACGUCACUUGUUGAGGCUUCAACUAGUGGGACAAGUUCAACUGUCAGCACUACAAUAUCUACUGCACCAAAAUUACCUUCUAAGACUCUGGAGGAGGCUCCCCUUACGUCUUUCAAGCUUGCCGCUGAGGUCCAGACUUCUACUCCCAUCUCUCCAGUACAACCCUCAAGUCUGGAUUUCGAUGCUCUAGAUCUGGAAACUCAAUUGGCAUUAAUAUGUGGAGGCUCUUCUGGUUCUGGCCUUGCUCCCAGCGUCAAGGCUGAACAAGCCAUUUGUAGGAUCAAGCUCUGGCAAGCCAAGGAUUUUGCUGUGGAAGAGGGCCAUCAAUCUGUGGGUGAACUCAUCAAUAAUUUACAAAUUUUGGCUGAAGAGAAUCUCAUCUCCAAGUCUAUUUUCAGUUCUGGAGUCACUUCAGCUCAAGAGUUUCAACAAGCUGCAGACUUGUGGGGAACAAUUCACACUUCCUUCGAGCAAGCUAUCACCUCUAGAAAUGUCUAUCAAAGAUCUGCUGAAAAUUUAGAGAAAGAUAGAUCUCAAUGCUUUGCUCAGGACUUCGAAUGCUGUAUCUCAAAAAUGAAGCUCUAG